AUGGCUUCUAAUAUUGAACUUCUUCGUACAGUUUUAGAAACUCAUGCUAUCAAUAAAAGGGAUUUUUUCUCAAAUUUUGAUAUUUAUUAUCCUGAAUCCUUUUUCCAAAUCUUUGGCAAUACUUUUUCUGAAAAGGAUAUCAAAGAAGCAAUUAAACAACUUCAAAAUGAAGAGGAGUCUAAUGGAAUUAAUGGUGAAAUUGUCUUCAAUGAAAAUGACAGGAAAUUAUCAUUAUUUAAAUGUUCAUAUACUAUGUUAACUGAUUUUUUUUUAAAAUUAUGGAAAACUAAAAUGUGUAUUUAUCUCAAAUAUAUUCCUUGA